AUGAAGCUGCUUGCAUUGACUGUGCUGCUCCUGACCGUCUGUAGCCUUGAAGGCGCUCUGGUUCGGAGACAGGCCGAGGAGCCGGAUCUGCAGAGCCUGGUCUCUCAGUACUUCCAGACCGUGGCCAACUAUGGCAAGGACCUCGUGGAGAAGGCCAAGGGCUCAGAGCUUCAAACCCAAGCCAAGGCCUACUUUGAGAAGACACAGGAGGAACUGACACCCCUGUUCAAGAAGGCUGGGACUGACCUGCUUAACUUCUUGAGCAGUUUUAUAGACCCCAAAAAAGAGCCUGCCGCCAACUGA